AUAAAUGAAUUAUCAAUCAUAAACCUCUUUAGUAUCAGGUUAGCUGGCAGGAAAAAUGGAGGCCUUUAGAGACGAGUCAACAUCGUCGGUCAAUGACGAUUUUCCAACUCGUGAGAGGAGCUUUUCUGGUGUCCUUAAAAAUAUAUUCGACGAAGAAUUUCGGAAUUCGUUGAAGACUUUCAACAAUGAUCCAAAAAUUGAAAAUAAAUAUAAAGAGCUCAGUGGACUUUUAAGAAAAGGAUCGGAUGAAUUCGAAAACAGAAAAUAUUCAAGACUCGUUUCUUACAGUGGCAGAACAAAGAAUAUUUUAGAGCAGCUGUACCCCAGAUACAAUGCAAAAUACAAAGUCUUGGAAAGGCUCGUCGCAGAGUGGAAGCCAAACAGGGAAAUGCUCAUCGAAAAAUUGUCAUUCGACAUCCAGCUGCUGGACAGAAAUUUCAAAUGGUCCACCAUGGUGAGAUUCCUUGCUUCGUCCGUGGAAGUGUCAGGGACAGUGGGCGGAAUGAUGUUCCGAUCUGAGACGGGAUGGGCGAACCACGCGUUGAAUGUUGCAUCGUUCUGUGGGCUGUGCGGUCUCUUCUCCACCGUUGCAGAGGUGGAACAAUCGAAAAGAAUCUUGGAUGAAGUGUCUGAGGCCAUCGAAAAUGAUUACAAGCUUUUACUUCCCAUUGUAAAGUGGUUCGAAGAGUCAGAGGAAUUGGACUCGAUUGUUCAGGAAUUGUUCCCUCAUGGAAUAGACACAGACAUCGUCCGCCAAAUACAAGCUGCCUCCGCGGAACAAGAAUAUUAUUUGAAGAUUUUUAAAGCGGGCCUGAUGUCUAAUGUUAGGAAAAAUAACGAACUCUUUGAAAACGCAGAUUUUUUGCACAGUUUGCAAUUGUUUGCCACCAGUGAAGUAGCUGCUGUUUGGUGGAACAGGAUUAUUUACAGAAAACAUCCCAUAAACCUCGACUUGGGCAGGAUGGCCCUGCAGAUCGAAUUCGGGCAGUCCAUCGUCUUCCAGUGCAUUCCCGCCUUGCCCCUCGAGCAGCAAAGAUUGACGUCUUUGCCGGUCGCAGGCAGAAUCAUGCUGAACCUCCUCACCCUCUACGACUCUUUAGUGGAUUUGAGAAAGGGAGCGAAAUCCACGCAUUCUGACAAGCUACGAAAGCAACUGAAAAAUAUGAAAGAGCAACUCGAAAUGAUCGAGGGCACCGUUCGGAUGAUGAGACCUCACGCACUGUGACUCCACUGAUAGGAUGUCACUGAAAUCUCAUGUUGAGCUGUCACUGAAAUUGGAUCUCUUGUCUGACAAGUCUUGUUUGUAAAAAUAAUUUAUUUUUUAGCUUCUAUUAAGCAUAUGAAUUCGCAAAUAAAUGUUAAAAAUAUUUGUA